CGAGUGCAAGUGCCGGAGCUUUUUGGGACCGCUUAGUAGAAUCGAAGUAGUGUGCGCGCGUGUGAUUCGUAGAAUGGCUUUUGUUUGACGUUUGUUGCACCCUCACUCACCACCACCACCACCACCCUCAGCUUCAUAAUCAUUCCCGGAACAACCCCCUCGCACCUCACCCCCUUGCUUGACACGGCUGCAUGGUUUUGAAUAGAUCUUGUUUUGGGAAGUUGGGCAAGAAGACGCGCCUGGAAUGAUGUCCGCCACAAAGCUACUAGUGACCGGACUGGCCCGCAACAUGGCCCCAUCCGAACUGGCGCAACUGUUCCGCUCGUACGUUGAUCUGCUCAGAAUAGCCGAGCUCAGUGCCGACAGAGCAAUCGUGUUCGUACCCGAUCGAUCCCACGCGGUCCGCGCUGUCCGGGAGCUCAACUUCCGCGUGGUUCGCGGUAAAGUCAUCCAAGUUCGAAUCACCGGAAAUUGUACCGCUCCAGCCGGGGCGACGUUGUCCCCCCGAGUCGACCCGAGCGGCGAAACCGACCCGCGCGGAUGCAGCUGGAACUUUUAUGUCGGGAACAUUGAUCCGGCGGUGCCGUUCGGUCGCGUAGUUGAGCUGUUCCGACGGUAUGGGACUCCCGGUUGCUGGCAACGGGCAGGGUCUCGUACCACUGGGUUGGUUCAGCUGAGCACCGACCUGCACUGGACGGCCGUGGCGCAAGGGUUGUGCGGAGCGAUUGUCGGCGGCCAUCGGAUUACGGUGAAGAUCAGUCACCUGGACGUUGGUCCGGGUGCGGUGCUGGAGAUGGGAGCUGAAGCGGCGUGACCAUGCACAAAAGCUGAAUACAACAUGAAGAAACUCCACGUGUACAACUUUGCC